AUGGGGACUUCGGGAAUUGAGGCAUUGUUCCCCGUCGGGUUGAGCGUGGGCGAGGCGCUGCGGGUUCUGGGUCCCGUGGCGGUGUAUGCCCUGGGCAUGGCGAUUUACGCGGUGUUCAUUUUCAAGUUUUACCGGUUCAUCGCCGGACGGGACAUGUUCAACCUGGACUUCUCCAAGCAUGACGACUCAGGUAUCCCGGUGCUGCGUGACUUUCUGCACCUUAUGGGGUAUCUCACCAAGUAUGUGAUCCUGUUUCCGGCGUUCGCGUUUUUCUGGUUCGCGGUUCUCACGCUGAUGCUGUCUUUCCUGUCGGAAGGGCGUGAGAUGUCGGACAUACUGCUGAUCGCAUUGGCGACGGUGAGCACCAUACGAGUGUGCGCGUACUACAACGAGGACCUGUCCCGUGACCUGUCGAAGAUCCUACCCUUUGCCGUAUUGGCGAUUUUCGUGAUCGACACGUCUUUCUUCGACGUGGAGGCGUCGUUGGAGGUUUUGAGGCAGAUCAUCGGUUUGGCCGACACCAUCUUCUACUACUUGGUGUUUCUGGUGGUCCUGGAAUUCGGGCUGCGGUUCGUUUACGGGAUUUACCGGGCAGUGUUCCCGGCGAAGAAAGAGCCUGAACCGCCGCAGCCGGCAGCCGCGGCGUCGGAUCAGCCGACAACGCCGGCCGGAACCCAGCACAACCCGGCCGCCGGAGACUGA